CACAGCAGAACUCAGAAGCCCAAGAGCUCAAGCAGUGAAUCGCAAUGUCUUCCUUUCAGAUCUACCGAGCAGCUCUGCUGCUCUCCAUCCUUGCCACUGCCAAUGCUCAGCAGGUUGGAACCUACACCACUGAGACGCAUCCGUCUUUGACCUGGCAAACCUGCACCAGCAGUGGCAGCUGCACUACCAAUAACGGCGAGGUGGUCAUUGAUGCCAAUUGGCGCUGGGUGCACUCGACCUCCAGCUCCACCAACUGCUACACCGGCAACGAGUGGGACACCUCGAUCUGUACCGACGAUGUGACCUGCGCCGCGAACUGCGCGCUCGAUGGUGCCACUUACGAGGCGACCUACGGUGUGACUACCUCCGGCGACGAGCUGCGCCUGAACUUCGUCACCCAGGGCUCCAGCAAGAAUAUCGGGUCCCGGCUGUACCUCAUGAGCGAUGACAGUACCUAUGAGAUGUUCAAGCUCCUCGGCCAGGAGUUCACCUUUGACGUGGACGUUUCCAACCUCCCCUGCGGUCUCAACGGCGCGCUGUACUUCGUCGCCAUGGACGCUGACGGCGGCACCUCGGAGUACUCUGGCAACAAGGCCGGCGCCAAAUACGGUACCGGAUACUGCGAUUCGCAGUGCCCCCGCGACCUGAAGUUCAUCAACGGCGAAGCCAACUGCGACGGCUGGGAGCCCUCUAGCAACAACGUCAACACCGGUGUUGGCGACCACGGCUCUUGCUGUGCCGAGAUGGACGUCUGGGAAGCGAACAGCAUCUCCAAUGCCUUCACCGCACACCCAUGCGACUCCGCCAGCCAGACCAUGUGCGACGGCGACUCCUGCGGUGGAACCUACAGCGCCAGCGGCGACCGCUACAGUGGCACUUGCGACCCCGACGGCUGCGACUACAACCCCUACCGUCUGGGCAACACGGACUUUUACGGCCCCGGCCUGACUGUCGACACGAACAGCCCCUUCACCGUCGUCACCCAGUUCAUCACCGACGACGGCACCUCCUCCGGUACCCUGACCGAGAUCAAGCGGUUGUACGUGCAAAACGGCGAGGUCAUCGCCAACGGCGCCUCCACCUACUCCAGCGUCAACGGCAGCUCGAUCACUUCCGAUUUCUGUGAAUCAGAAAAGACUCUGUUUGGCGAUGAGAACGUGUUUGACACGCACGGCGGUCUCGCAGGCAUGGGCGAGGCUAUGGCGAAUGGAAUGGUCUUGGUCUUGAGUCUGUGGGAUGACUACGCCGCUAACAUGCUCUGGCUCGACAGCGACUACCCCGUCAACUCGUCGGCCUCGACACCGGGUGUGGCUCGCGGUACUUGUAGCACUGACUCGGGUGUCCCGGCUACUGUGGAGGCGGAUUCACCCAAUGCGUAUGUCACGUACUCGAACAUCAAGUUCGGGCCCAUUGGCUCGACUUACUCCAGUGGAUCUUCUUCGGGGUCGGGGUCAAGCUCCAGCUCCAGCUCUACUACCACGAAGGCGACUUCAACGACCUUGAAGACUACCACGACGACCAGCAGCGGUAGCAGUUCUACUUCGGCGGCGCAGGCAUAUGGACAGUGUGGUGGACAGAGCUGGACGGGUCCGACCACUUGCAUACCUUCUGGACGAUAG